AGUUCUCUAAAACGAAAAAAAAAAAAAAUGACAUUUGCUUCCAAAGUUGUUUCGCGAGUAAUUCGUAAUAAUUUAAAUUUCUUUGCGAAGAAGUACCAAAGGCUGACUGUAUUUCCAGUAAUUAAAUCUCGUUAUCAUUGUUAUUCAUCUACGUUAAAAAAAAAUCUUCACGGAUCUCCAUUCAAAUUUCAUAAUUUGCUUCACAGCCAGGUCAAAGCUAUGGGUGCCUUAAGUUCACUGGAUCCAUCUUCAUUUUCACAACCUGACUUAGCUGUAAUUAAACAUGUGUCUUUAAUAUUAAAUGUUGACUUUGAAAAAAAAGUGUUGGAUGGAUCGGCUGUUGUUAAUUUUGAUGUAUUACAAGAUAUUGAAGAAUUGAUAUUAGAUGUAAGGAACAUAACUAUAGAGAAGAUAGAAUUAGAGGAUGGUACACCUUUACGGUACAAAGUAGAUGAUGAAGUGCCUAAUUUUGGAUCAAAGUUAACAAUUACCCUUCCAAAAUCGGCCGUUACAGGGGAUAAAUUAAAAAUAAGAAUAAAAUAUGUAACUGCCCCAUCAGCAUCGGCUUUACAAUGGCUGGAACCAAGUCAGACGUCAGGCAAAAAACAUCCCUAUCUCUUCAGCCAGUGCCAACCAAUCCAUGCCCGUUCAAUCCUGCCAUGCCAAGACACACCAGCGGUGAAGUUCACAUAUGACGCGGAAGUGACAGCUCCCGAAGAGUUCACAGUGCUCAUGAGCGCGCUCCGAAGUGAGGCCAAGAACAACAAGACCACUUUCCGGCAGCCCGUGCCGAUACCCUCAUAUCUACUGGCUUUGGCUGUUGGCGUGUUGGAGUAUAGAACCCUCGGACCAAGAUCACUGGUAUGGUCAGAAAAAGAAGAAAUUGAACGCAGUGCGUGGGAAUUUGCGGAAACAGAAAAGUACCUUCAAGCCGCUGAGAAAUUGUGCGGCAAAUACGAGUGGAGCCAGUACGACUUGCUAGUGUUGCCGCCCUCUUUUCCCUACGGGGGCAUGGAGAACCCUUGCCUUACUUUCGUCACGCCUACUUUGUUGGCCGGUGACAGAAGCCAAGCAGAAGUUAUCGUCCACGAGAUCAUGCACAGUUGGACAGGUAACCUUGUAACCAACAACAACUUCGAACAUUUUUGGUUGAAUGAAGGGUUCACAGUGUUCCUAGAGAGGAAAGUUGGUGCCUCUCUGAUAGCUGAUACAGAAACGGCAAAGAGGAGCAGAGACUUCCAUAGUCUGCUGGGUCUACAGGAAUUAACAGAAACUGUGAAAGACGAGUUAGGUAUUACUAACCCGUUGACAAGAUUGGUGGUGGAUCUGAAGGCAGUGCAUCCGGAUGAUGCAUUUUCAACAGUGCCAUAUGAGAAAGGAUCUUUAUUCUUGAGGUAUCUGGAAGAUUUAGUUGGAGGACCUGAGGUAUUUGAUGAUUUUCUCCGUUCUUAUUUAAACAAUUUCCAAAAGAAAUCACUGAACACUGAUCAAUUUAAGGCAUAUUUGCUCAACUACUUCAAGGACAAUGAAAAUUUGAAGACGGUCGAUUGGAAUGCUUGGUUAUACACCAGUGGCAUGCCACCAGUAAUACCUAACUAUGACACAUCUAUGACUAAAGCGGUGAAAACACUUAUUUCGGUCAUAAAUGAUGCUAACGCAACGCUUAGCUACAAUGACGUAAAAACAUUUACUCCGCACCAGAUCAUCAAUUUAUUACAGGAGUUGAUUGAUCAAUCCGCACUGACAAUUGACAGGCUUCAGACUCUUGGGGAAGAGUACAGAGUCAAAAACAGCAAGAAUUCAGAAAUCAUAUACAGAUGGUUGAGACUGUGCAUCAGGAGUCGCGACCUCUCAAAAUUAAAUGACGCAUUCGAAUUUGUAAAUCAACAAGGUCGCAUGAAGUACGUAAGACCAAUCUACAGAGAUCUGUAUGCCUGGGAGGAUGUCAGAGAGCAAGCUAUAGAAAACUUCCUGAAAAACGAACCUUACAUGAUGCAUGUAUCUGCAUAUACGCUAAGGAAAGAUCUGCACUUGAAAGAAUGAUAUAAGUGUUUAGGAAUAGUUAAACUUAAUAACUAUUAUUCAUAUUGUACAUUUUUACGCAAUUACACACGUAACGGAUUUGGAGUGCCAUCUGCAUUCGCCCAUAUUGUCUGCUGAAACUGUAAAGGCCAGUUGCAGUCAACAGUAUUAAGUAAUCUGAAAAAAUACAGGUUUUAACUGUAAUGUACAGUUUGGUUGGCAAUUCUAGCCUUAUAUUAACUAAUAAUAGCUUUUUUAAUAAUCAAUGACUCGAUUAAUAUGCAUAUGUGAAUAAUUUUAUAAAUUGUGGAAUAAUAAAAUUAUUUUGACUAU